AUGGGCGAUGAUCGAUUUUCUUACAAGCCGGUAGUCGAUACAGACUUGGAAUUGUUUAACAAACACAAGAAAAGUAUUGAAAGUGAAGUUCGAAAGAAACAUUCGUCGAUUCCGGCUAAUUUUGAAUUGAAACCAGUGACUGCUCGUCACAUUGAGGCUUGUGGUACAAUUCAUGAUUACAAGAUUGCUGUACCCGACAAUAAAUUUGCCAAGAUUUCCUUUAUUACAGGUGCAAUGGAGGUGCAUCCACCUGGUCAAGAUCGACCUCAGCAUCCAUCAGAGCCUACAAUCUCGGUUGGCGAUGAAUUAACAUCAACCGCCGAUGAAUAA